UCGAUACGUCACGACUAACAUGGCGACAUUUGGCAGAUUGGUGAUGUACAGUUUAUCCUCGAAGUACGGCCGAAAGUCAACAUUUUUCACGUUUAUAAACCGAAAGGAAAGGUGGUUUUCUUCGGCGGCUGGCCAACCUCUCAACGUCAGUACCAGUUGUACCAAGAGACUUAAAGAAAUUUCAAGCGACGGCUCUAAUUUGCGCAUCACUGUGGAAGGAGGAGGCUGUUCGGGUUUUCAAUACAAAUUCGACUUGGAUGAAAACAUUAAUGACGAUGAUGUCGUAAUUGAAAAGGAUGGUGUGAAAGUUGUAAUUGAUGAGACAUCACUGGAAUAUAUACGUGGGUCAACCAUUGAAUUCCAUGAGGAACUUAUAAGAUCUGCUUUCCGGAUAGUGGAUAAUCCAAAGGCUGAACAAGGAUGUUCUUGUGGAGCAUCUUUUUCCAUAAAGGUAGACUGAUUGAUUGUAGGCUGAUUGUUUAGUCAAUAAAAGCAUUGCAGUUAAAUUUAAAUGCUUUAUUAUAAAUACAUUUCCAGCACAAUGUUUUACAGUAAAUGUACAUAAACAGUAGAAAAUUGUAAAUAAAUAUACUUUGUACAGCUCACUUGCUUUGGUAAUAAAGAGGAAAACAUAGCAA